CCACAGGUGCCGCGCCCUCCUGGGGUCACCCCUGGGGGGUCCCGGCCUCUGCACCGCACCCCCCACCACGCCUGAGGUUGCCCAGCACUUGGAACCUCCAUAUUUUGCCGACACAAUGAAAGUCCCGAAUCAGGGGACCCGGAGUUCAUGGGAUGGGGGUGUCCUGGGUGGGCCUGACCUCAUCGGGGCGGCCCGCAGAGGGACCAGCCCCUCCUCAGGGAGUAAGCUGCUGCCCUUGGAGGGGCCCGUGGCCAGAGCUUGAGGGCGGCCUCCAGGGGCGAGUGACCUCGGCGCACGGCAGGCGAGACCAGGGGCCCCAGCCACAUGGCUUCAAGGAACUGACCCCUGCAACAGCGGAGACCCCGCCGACCAGCACCUGUGUCACCCCAGGGCUGAGCACCUGGCUGAGAUGAUGGGUGGGCGUUGCUUUAAGCUGCCGCAUUUGUGUAGAUGUUUGGCUGCAUAGAAGACCAGCAUACUCCCGUCAGGAUGGCGCUGUCAUGGCUGUCAUGUCACCACCCUCUGUCAAAAUGUCAUUUAGACCCACAGGCUGAUGCUUUUACUGGCUCCACCUGGAGGGACUGCUGGGCCAGCUGUUGCCCUUUGGGGUGGCUUCCAUGGAGGUUGUCACUACUGGACACUUCACUGGACCCUGGCCUGUGCACCCGUCACUGCUGCCAAACACCUCCCGGCGGUGUGCAGAUCCCUCCCCUGACUGUGCCCAGACCCACCCCUCAAAUGAUGACAGACCCUUUCCAUGACUGUGCCCAGCUGGACUUGGAAGUGAGGAGUGAGGGGCUUCCUCUCGCUUGGAGCCUCCACGUGGUACCAUCAUGCCCACCAGCAGUUUGGCUAAACAGUGACUCUGAUGAAAGCAACCCAGCACUUCAGGCUCCUAGCGAUUAGCAAACACCUCGCUUCUUGUCUACAAAUGGGCAGUUGGAGUAAGAGGACAGAGGCACUGCUCUUUCGCUUUGUUAUUUUCCCUAAGUUUUCCUUUCUGGAGUCUUCACAAGAAUGGGAACCAGAAGCCACGGCACCGGCCUGGUUCGGGCUCAGCCUCCCGUCCCCUGCGACUGCAGGGGUCAGGCGAGCGGGCAGGCUCAUCCUGGCCGCCAACAGGGACGAGUUCUACCACCGGCCUUCCAGGGCGGCGGACUUCUGGGGGAACAACAACGAGGUCCUCAGCGGGCUGGACAUGGAGGAAGGCAAGGAAGGCGGCACGUGGCUGGGCAUCAACACGCGGGGCAAGCUGGCGGCACUUACCAACUACCUGCAGCCACGGCUGGACCGGGACGCCCGGGGCCGAGGUGAGCUCGUGGCCCAGUUUCUGACCUCAGACGUGGAUAGCUUGUCCUACCUGAAGAAGGUCUCCGCAGAGGGCCACCUGUACAACGGCUUCAACCUCAUAGCGGCCGACCUAAGCACAGAGAAGGGAGAUGUCAUUUGCUACUAUGGAAACCGGGGGGAGCGUGAGCCUGUUGUCCUGGCGCCAGGGACCUACGGGCUAAGCAACGCGCUGCUGGAGACGCCCUGGAGGAAGCUGUGCUUCGGGAAGCGGCUCUUCCUGGAGGCCGUGGAGCGAGGCCAGGCACUCCCCAAGGACGCCCUGGCCGCCCAGCUCCUGGACAUGCUCAACAACGAAGAGGCGCAGCUGCCGGACCCGGCCAUCGAGGACCAGGGCAGGGAGUACGUGCAGCCCAUACUUAGCAAGUACGCGGCUGUGUGUGUGCGCUGCCCGGACUACGGCACCAGAACCAACACGGUCAUCCUUGUGGAUGCAGAUGGGCACGUGACCUUCACAGAGCGAAGCAUGCUGGGCACGGACCCCUCUUGCUGGGAGACCAGCACCCACGAGUUCAGGCUGCAGAGCUAACCCCCGCCCGGGUGUGGCCGGGGCUCCCGGGAGGCCCUGUCAUAGGUACUGCCUGUGACUCGGCCAGCGUCCCCCAGGGCCAGAGCCCUCUGAUGCGUGUGAACUGUUUGCAUCCCCAUGUCAAGCUCAGGGUCCAGCCUUGUGCCAGCGGAAAUGACAGAGGCCCAUGGCCAGGUGUGCGGCAGGCCCAGGUGUGCCGUGCCUCCCCCUGCCCACGCACAGAAGCUCACACAAGGCACACGUGACACCCAUCAUGCACGCGCGCACAUGUUACAGGCAGUAGACGUGUGCACACGUGCUCAGACACGCACACGCUCCAGGCAUGCACCCCCCCAUGCGAGCCAGACACGCAGAGCUGUGCCUCUCAACACCCACACGUGCUUCUGGCCGGUGAGUCUUGCUGUGAUCCCGACAACAAGAGUGGAUGUCUGUUUCAAAGCGGCCCCUCCUCUCCUGGGCGUAGCCAGUUCCUGACCACCAGCCCUGCUCUUGGAGAGGACACGGGCCACAUUUGAAUGAGGAAAACCUCCUCCAUAGCAGAGGCACAGGCCGCUGGGUGGGUCCGGUGGUUCUGUGCGUGCCGGGGGGUCCUGUGUGUGGAGCUAUCCUGUGAGGGGGCAUCCAUGUGCACUGGGCUGCCUCGGCAGGCUCUCAGGCCUCCACCUGUGCAGGGGGGUCAUGGGUUCCGGGCAGGCCCAUCUCAGGGAGGGGACACAGCUGCCCCUGCCAUUUCCCUUCUCCUAGGGAGUUAAAUUUCAUAAGACUCUGUACUUGAAUGUGAGACGCUGAUAAUAAAACUCUGAGGCCGUGGUGAGCCAGUGCAUUC